CUGGAAGAAAGAGACUGAGAGAAAGAGAGAGUGAGAAAGUGGGAGAGAGGGAGAGAGCACAAUGGUUCUUUUCAGAUUGACUGAAAUUUCUUUAAUUGUGGUGCUACUGCUUCACAUGACUGAGGCUGUGUCCUUUGUCAGAUAUGGAGUUGAGGUCACUCUGCUGUGUGACAAUGUGAUACCCAAUCAGGAUAAAUGUAACAGAACUAACUGGCUCUUUGGUAGUUCUGAGGAGAUAACUGAAGAGCUGGUGACCUCUGGGAAGAUCUCCUCCAGUGAGUUUGCCCAAGCUAAAGCAGCCAGGCUGAGUGUUACGCCGAACUGCUCUCUGGUUAUAAAGAACGUCACGGCAGGGGACGCUGGUCGUUAUGUCUGUCAGCAGAACAGAGCAGACAAAGAACAAGGCCAAGACGCCGUGGCUGAUCUGUCAGUGGUGAAGAUAACUCAGCUGAAGCGAUCCAAAAAAAAGCUGAAGUUGCGGUGCUCGGUGUCGACAUAUGGAGGGUGUAGACAGACAGCCAUGUGGCUGUAUGAGGGCAAAAAGCUGAAUACACUCGUCAGAGGUAUGACCAUAUUCCUGUCUCCCUGCAAAACCACUGUGUCCACCAGCAGUUCUAAGUGGGAUAAAAACAAAUUCAAGUGUGAGGUGGCUGAUCUCGGUGGAAAGGUGCAGACAUUUGACUUCAAACGUCCAUCCUUAGGUGCCACAGAAACAAUACCAACCUCACCAAAUUUCACUGUGCCUGCGACCAUUAUUGCUCCUAUAGAAAUACCAGAUGUGAGACCUCUCUUCACUGCGAUCCGGGAGAAAAUGCGUAGGCUGUUGGCAUUUCCGAUAUAUUUGCUACAGGGUGUAUAACCUUGAUGAUGAUGAUGAUGACGAUGAUGGUUCAGUGAAAAAUGCUGAAGAUCCUAGACCCACCACUGAUCAACAACCUCCAUCAAAUGUCAACAAAUCAGAGCCAGAAGAUUAGAAAUAAGAUUAAGACUAUAUGUGUAUAUACUUUAGUAUUUCUUUUUUAGGUUGGUUAGUGAGGCCUUUAUGUGAAAAAAACAUUUUAAAUUAGACACUUUUCCCCCUUGUUUUUGUUUUUGUCAGCAUGUGGUGAUGGCCGGAUAGUUCCAGUGAAAUGAUCAAGGACUGUCCAGCACCCUGAUGUCGCUCAUUAAAUAUUUGAAGAAAUUAAUGAUUUUAACGACUUAUUUAGAAAAACUUAACUGAAGGGCUUAUGUAAUCCUGAAGAGCGCAGGCGUUUAAGAAUCAAGAGUUUUAUUCCAAAAUGAGAAAUCAAACAUUAGAAAAAAACAAAAACAAAACAAAAACAAAAACAAAACUGAGACCAGCAUCUACAAAAUGAGCAGCAUUUGAGAGAAGCGUGAUAAUAAAGAUGGGGUACUUUUACCUUUCCAGAGAAUUAUUUCUGUCCUUUUUAAUUGACAUGAAUAUAUGAAAACUUUCAUUUCAUGCAGCAUCUUCCUCUUCUUCUUCCUCUUCUGGUUCUUCUUUCACUCCUCCUUCAGUUCUCCUUCUCUUUCUUCUCCUUGUUCUCCCUCUUCUCCUUCCUCUUCUUCUUUUGUUAACUUUUGUAAGUGGCUUAUUAAAGUGUGUAUUUUCUUGACUCAGUGGUGAAACUUUCUUUCCUGUUGGCAGAAGGGAGCAGCUUAAAUUUUAUUUACAUAAAACAGGACGGAUCAUAUAACCCCAGUUUUAGCUGCCAUAAACCAAACCAAUCAUAAACCAAAUAUUAAAAUUCUGUUGAUUGAAGCUGAUCGCUACUCACAUUGUUGCACAAUUCUAUCUACAUAUCUUUUAUUCUACAUUUUGGAGAUUUCGCUUGAAUGAGCU